CGCCAAACAAUCUUUCAAGCAUGUAUGCAAUUUGGACGCAAUCCAGAUUAUUACUUAAUCGCUACGGCGUGAAAACGCGAUGCAAUUUACUAGCGCAUCGUCGUGGUAUUGCGAAAGAAGCCGUGGUAGAAACGAAGUACGAUUUGUACCGCCUUGACAAAGGGCCGUCUGAAAAAGCGACAUUAACCGUGGACGAUGCGACGUACGCCCUGAAGAUGAUGAACUACGUGCGUCGAAUGGAAAACAAAGCCGCGGAGCUCUACAGAGAGCGGCUCAUCAACGGUUUCCUGCACUUAUACGCCGGUCAGGAGGCCGUGGCCGUAGGCCUGAGGAUGGCCAUAAGCGAGCCAGACACCGUCAUCACGGCGUACAGGUGCCACGGCUUCGCCGUCGUAUUCGACGCCCCGGUUCGCUCGGUCCUUGGGGAACUCAUGGGCCGCAAAACGGGCCCGGCCAAGGGCAAAGGCGGCUCUAUGCACAUGUACGCACCCCGAUUCUACGGUGGCGACGGUAUCGUCGGCGGACAGGUACCGAUCGGCACCGGUAUUGCUCUGGCGCACAAGUACAAGGGCACGGGCGGCGUGUCCAUCACGUUGUACGGGGAUGGCGCGGUAUCGCAGGGCCAGGUCUACGAGGCGUGGAACAUGGCGAAACUGUGGAACCUGCCGGUGGUGUACAUCUGCGAGAACAACAGGUACGGCAUGGGCACGGCCGUGCACCGGCACUCCGCCAACACCAAGCUGUACACGCGCGGAGACCUCAUACCGGGGAUAAAGGCUGACGGAAUGAAGGUGGUGGAUGUGCGAGAGGCCGUACGCUUUGGUCGAGAUUACGCGCUCAGAAACGGCCCGAUCGUGAUUGAGAUCACGACCUAUCGUUACUAUGGACACAGCAUGAGCGAUCCCGGGGUCGGGUAUCGAAGUCGAAAGGAGAUUAAGACGGUUAAAGCGGAACAAGAUCCAAUUAUGCUAUUUAACAAGCUCGUCUUGGAGAAAGGACUGAUGACCGAGAAAGAUGUCCAGGCGAUACGAGAUUCAGCCUACAAAAAGGUCGAUCAGGAAAUGAAGCAAGCCAAGGCCGACGAGUGGCCAGAUAUGUCGGAAAUCGCGACCAACAUUUACGUCAAACCAUUGGAAAAAGUUCGUGGUAAAGUCCCUUGGGAAAUAUAUUAGAAACAAUGUCAUCAAGUCUUUCAUUGUAAAGUUAUUCAUAAUAUAUAUUUUCAAUGAAAACCUUACAAAAAUAAACUUCGAAUUUUUCAUGUGACUCUUCACAAUAAAUAAUCUAAAGCUG